GCGCCACAGGACACCCGUGUGGUGACCGCUGUGCAUUGCGCACUGCGCAGGCCCCUCCCGCUUCACACGGGAAGUGAAACGUGGAAGUGCAACUGAAUCUGCAGAUUUUACUACCUUUGUUUGACCAGAUGUUUUUUUCCCUUUCUGAAGCCAGAACCAGAUUUCUUCUCUACGGGAAUGGCGGCGUACGCAGCGUGCCUCUCUGUCGCUGCCUGUCUCCUGCUUGCUCAGCAAACAUCUGCCAGAAACGACGCGCCCUGCCAGCUCUCCAGGUAUAACAACGGCUACCAAACCUUCCUCAAGCGCCACCUUCCCCCUGGGACUCCAAGUUCUCUGAAUCAGAACGAGUGGGAGAAAUUCAUCAAGAGUCUGGGAGGCUGUGACAGACCCACGCAGUCCUUCCUCCACCCAGAUGAGCUGGAUAAGGUGCGUUCCGUGUGCAGCAGCCAAGGAGGGAAGCAGCUGAAGGACAACCUGUGCAUCAGUAAGCAGCCGUUCACCUUUGUCACGGUGAGGAGCUUCCAGGGAACCUGUGGGAUUAAAUCGAUCACACAGGAAACCAAACACCUGAUCCUGGCCUGCGAGGUGUUGGAGAACCAGUGCGUCCCGGUCCACUUUGAAGGAAACUCAAGGAAUGAAAAGCCCAGCAACAACGCCAGAGACUGCCAGGAUCCCGAGAGAGGAAGCCAGGACCCUGGGACCAGAGGUCAUGCUCCCACCUUUAAAAUGACACCACUCUGGUUGUUUGUUUUAAUAUUUAUCUUCCAUGGAUUCUGACUUUUUUUUUUUACCCCCAAAACAUAAUUUCAACAAUUAGUUAAGACCAACGUUUUUAUCUGCAGACAGUUUUUUACUUUCGGUCUUGUUGUUUUUUUAAUUUAAAAACUGUAAUUGCCUGAGAAUCUCAUAAACCAAAUGUAUUUCUACGUAUUCCAGCCACACUCUCCUCGUGUAUUUGCAUGUGUUUUCAGUCCAGUUUUGAACUUGAUUUUUUUUGCUGUAAUCCUUCAAUCAAUGAUGUUUAAGGUAUAAGAGACAAUUUUAGGUACCAAGCAAAGCAAAAAACAGAUACAGAUUGAUGGUUUGAUGAGCGUUCUCCGAUUUCAUACAGUCAGCUAUGCUCCAAAGAACUUACUUUUAUAGCUGCUGUUACUUUGUAACAACAAAACCAAUUUAUUAUACAAAUGUCUGUAUUUUAAAAUAUUAUUACAACAGAAUCACGUCAGCCAAAAGUAUUUUCAGUUUUGUUUUAGACUGCAACAUUUCAUUCAGACCCUCCUAUGUAUUGGCAUGUGUUUUCCGGCCAUGUUUUAACUUGACUUUAGUAGCUGUGUAAUCUUUGUUCUAUGACCUUUUAGGACUGAAAUACAAAAAAGUUUUGCUAUAAAAGGGAUGUAAAUCGUAAUUCUCUCAGGGCACUUUGAAAUUACAUACAAACUGUAUAAUAAAAGAGUUUUUAUGACCCUGUGAAA